UUCAUUUCCUUCUAUAACUGCUUUCUCUCUCUCUCACUCACUCACUCACUCACAACACUCCAGUAAAAUCUGAAAUGUCGGGUCGGGGUCGCGGUCGUGGUGGUGGUGGACGGCGAUCGGAUAAUCGUCCCGAUCAGCCGGCUUCUUCUCAGACAUUUCAGCCGGGAGGAGGGCGUGGUGGUGGAGGCCGGAGAGGACGUGGUGGAAGAACUUCCGAUUAUGCUUCAACUCCUGCACGACCGCCGCCUGUUGUGCAUACUUCCUCGCCGAUUUUUCAGCCUUCGACGUCUUCGACUCCUGCGCCGGCGCCGUCGCAUGCUUCUGCCUCUUCGACGGCUGCUUCGUUGAGCAGUGGUGUACAAAAUCUCACAUUGCAAGAUUCGAAAGCGACUGCGAACCUUCCGCCGGCGUCAUCGAAAUCUUCGAGGUUUGCGGUGAGGCCGGGUUACGGUACGGUUGGUAAGAAGUGUGUCGUCAAAGCUAAUCAUUUCAUAGUCCAAGUUGCUGACAGGGAUCUGUGUCAUUAUGAUGUAUCGAUAAGUCCUGAAGUAAAAUCAAAGAAGGUAAGCCGUGACAUUAUCAAACAGCUGGAUACUCUCUACCGUGCCUCUCAUUUGGCUAAUCUGAGAGUUGCUUAUGAUGGCGGGAAGUCUAUCUACACUGCUGGGGAGUUGCCAUUUGCCUCCAAAGAUUUUAUUAUAAAGUUGUCUGACAAUGAUAGAGAAGCUGGAAGCUCUAGUACCAGGAGCCGUAGGGAACGUGAAUUUAAGGUGACCAUCAGGUUUGCUUCGAGGCCAGACUUACAUCAUCUGCGACAGUUUUUACAGGGCAGGCUUCUUGAUGCUCCUCAAGAGACAAUUCAAGCACUGGAUGUUGCUCUCAGAGGGGAUCCAUCGGAUAAGUAUGUUGUUGUUGGGAGGUCGUUUUUUCACCGCACACUGGGGCGUCCUGGUGAGCUUGCAGAUGGCAUAAUCUAUUGGAAAGGGUACUAUCAAAGUUUGAGGCCAAUUCAGUUGGGGCUUUCUCUUAACAUUGAUGUUUCAGCAAGGGCUUUUUAUGAAACUAUAAGGGUAUCUGAUUUCGUUUUCAAAAACUUUAAUGUGAGAGACGAUCUAAGGCCGUUGCAUGAUCAAGUCCGGCUCCAGCUAAAGAAAAAUUUGAAAGGGGUUAAAGUAGCAUGCAGUCAUUUGCAGAAUACAAGGACUUAUAAGAUUACUGGGAUAUCGACAGAGCCACUGAACAAAUUAAUGUUUACUCUUGAUGAUAAGAUGACACAGAUUUCAGUUGCUGCUUACUUUCAAGACAAGUACAAAAUCAAACUCAGAUAUGUGACAUGGCCUGCUCUGCAAGCUGGAAAGGCAGAAAAGCCUAUUUACUUACCCAUGGAGGUUUGUACAAUUGUUGAGGGGCAAAGAUACUCUAAGAAACUCAAUGAAAAGCAAGUAACCAAUCUAUUGAGGGCAACCUGUCAAAGACCAAACGACAGGGAAGAAAGCAUUUGGCGAAUUGUUAAGCAGAACAAAUACAGUGAUCAGGAACUUGUCCAGGAUUUUGGAAUUAGUGUUGCAAACAAUUUGACAAUGGUUGAUGCUAGAGUUUUGCCUCCACCAGUGCUUUUAUACAGAGGUACUGGGAGGGAGGCUACUGAGCAUCCUCGAUUUGGGCAAUGGAAUAUGUCCAAUAAAAAAAUGAUCAAUGGGGGCCAAGUUGAGUUUUGGACAUGUGUGAACUUCUCGCGUUUCAAUUCAGAUAUUCACGAUCGCUUUUGUUCAGAAUUGGUCAGUACUUGCCUCAAUAGGGGAAUGGCCUUCCAAACUAGACCAGUAAUUCCCUGCAGCGCUUGGCAAGCUAACCAAAUUGAGAGGGCUUUGAGAUCUGUUCAUGAGCAAUGCAAGAAGAUACUUGGCAACAAACAACUACAGUUGUUAAUAGUUAUCUUGCCUGAUUCUGGUGGUUCAUAUGGGAUGAUUAAACGAAUUUGUGAAACUGAGCUUGGAAUUGUUUCACAAUGCUGUGAGCCUAAACGGGCAGUGAAGCUCAAUAGACAGUAUUUGGAGAAUCUAUCCCUGAAGAUUAAUAAUAAGGUUGGCGGCCGGAAUACAGUGUUAAGUGAUGCUAUCCAUAGGAAAAUUCCUUUUGUGUCUGAUUUGCCUACAAUAAUCUUUGGUGCUGAUGUAACACAUCCACAGCCCGGAGAGGAUUCUGGCCCUUCAAUAGCAGCCGUGGUUGCUUCGAUGGAUUGGCCAGAGGUGACCAAGUAUAGAGCAUUGGUCUCCGCACAGAAGCACCGUGAGGAGAUUAUCCUUGAUCUUUAUACUUCAACUACAGAUGAUAAAAAGGGCAAAGUCCAAGGAGGAAUGAUAAGGGAACAUUUAAUUGCUUUCAGACGAUCUACUGGAGCCAAACCUCACCGGAUUAUAUUCUACAGAGAUGGUGUUAGUGACGGACAGUUCAGUCAAGUGAUGCUUCACGAGGUAGACGCCAUAAGAAAGGCUUGUUGUUCGCUUGAGGAAGGAUAUCUUCCUCGAAUUACACUUGUUAUUGUUCAGAAAAGGCAUCAUACCCGCCUUUUCCCAGCUGAUUACAACGACCGUGAUUCCAUGGACAAGAGUGGCAACAUUCAACCAGGCACUGUUGUUGAUACCCAAAUCUGCCACCCAACUGAGUUUGACUUCUACCUUAACAGUCAUGCUGGAAUUCAGGGAACCAGUCGGCCUACUCACUACCAUGUCUUGUUUGAUGAGAACAAAUUCAAUGCUGAUGCCUUGCAAGUUCUCACCAACAAUCUCUGCUACACGUACGCAAGGUGCACCCGAUCGGUCUCCAUCGUUCCUCCGGCUUAUUACGCUCAUCUGGCUGCAUCUCGUGCCCGCCACUACAUCGAAGGAGAUGUUUUCGAUGAAGAGUCAUCAGCAAGUGGUAGUGGUGGUGGAGCUGGUGGUCCAAGAGCCUACCGUCUUCCAGGGAUCAAAGACAACGUUAAAGAUGUGAUGUUCUAUGUCUAAGGAUCAAGUAAGUUUUAGUUCUUGCUAGCAGUAACGUUCAAACUUCUUUUUGUUCUUUUUGGACUUGAUGAACUUUAUACACGUGAGAACACACCAUAGAGGUGAAAAUGACAAGUGUAGAGGCAUGAAGUCUUUUUUUGGGCAGUAGUGUAGUGGUACAUAUAUGCUCUUCUGCAAAAUGUAAAGAGACCACAGACACAACAGUUUCAACUAUGAACGUAUUUUGGAACUAAUUGCUUACAAGUAUUUUGUGCAUGUGCAUUUUGAAGUUUUAAGUAAAACUUUUUAAGUGUGAAUGCUAUAUGAUACUAUUCCUUUUUUUUCCC